AUGGACCAGGGUGUGUUGUUAGAGGUUCCAACUUCUCCUGCACCUGAUGUGACAGAAAGUGACACUGUGCUGGCCAACAUUACUUCAGUGGAACCUGAGGAAGGGAAAAAGGAGCAUCUUCCGCAAGGCUUAUGUCCCAGCAGACAGAGAACAUCCCAAAGGAGCUCCAGCAGAGCCUCCUGGAAGAUCUCCAAGGGCCCAGUGGCUCAGGGAACAGCAAAGAAUUCCACAUCUAUUAAAUCCCAGGCAUCUCCUUCUGCAAAGCAUGUUCAGACUAAAAAACAGAGCAAACAGAGUCUCCAGGCCAAAACUCCCCCCAUGCAGAGUCUUCAUUCAAGAAGACUUGAAAGAGAAGAUACUUCUGCCACCGAAGACCCAAUAGUGGGGCAUGAGCCAGGAGGGAGGAACAGCACUUACCACCUGUCUGCAAUAGCCAGGCAGAGGGAGGCAGAAGACACCAAAUCCGCCUCAGAUGCCAAAGAACCAGUAGCAGGCCAGCACCAAACACUGAGGUCUAGAGGGCCUGGAUCUUCCCGGAAGACCGUCAAAGCUAGCUACGAAAAAGCCAAGGAGACCUGCAGCAGAUUAAGUGCCAAAGAGUCCUUAGCAUCAUUAGGGCCAGAUUUGAAAGCAGAAUGGAAGCUCCUUCUGGAGAAGAGAAACAGCUUGAUCCAUGCUAACAGCAAAUAUAAAUUUGCCAGUGCAGAUGAACUUACCAGCGAUGAAGAGGAACGGCAAGCUCUGUGCAAGGCAGCAUUAAUCAUGGGACAGAAAAGACUCAGCGACCGUACUGAAAUGCUAAAAAACUCCUUGAACUCUAUGUCUUUUGCUGAUUACAACCAGCUGGGUUUUAACCUGAGAUCAAAUAUCUUCCAAGGUGGCCCGCUGGAGAGCCGAAGCUUGAUGAAAGAUUCCUACACCCCUGAUAUAAUUCAGAAGGCAAUCAGGGAUCCCAAGAAUUGGCACGGAAGGAGGACUGAUGAGCUAGGGAAAUGGCAUCAGAAAAAUGCCCUAAACCUUAACCUGCAGAAAGCAUUGGAGGACAAAUACGGGAAGAAAAAAGGCAAGCCUUAGAAGAUGAAGGCUGAGGAUUGGAGUGCAUUCAGUGAGGGAUCUUUUU